CCACCUUGAUCAAUAAUUCUAAAGCCAACAGAUGCGCCAUCCUCGGCUUGCCUAUUCAGUAAAUAAUGAAAUGUCCCUUCGGUCAUCGGUGAGUUUGGUCGUGAUCCGUGGAAUUACGCCCUCAUCAACAUGAAGUCAUUUUUCUUUCCCGCGAUACUGCUAUUGCCCGUGGCAGUAGCGCAAAACAUAGUCACUUUCCCUACAGAUAUCGAAGUUGACCUCGUUGUUCCGCGACCGAACACAUCAUACCUCGUCCAGUCGCCGUUCCCGCUCAUAUUCGCGAUUCAAAAUGCAAAAGUAGCCUGGGACUUCGGGUUCAUAUUUCGCUGGGAGUUGUUUGGCAAGACGGCCCUAUACGACGACGGACGGACGGGGGGCAUCGUCUCUGGCGGAGAACCGCCAGCCGCCCUCGGACCCGUUCUUCAUCGUCAACUCCACCACGAUCAUCGGAAACUGGCAGGACUACUGGGCGCCUUCGUCUCUGCAGAAAACGACCACGUGGACGCUGAGCUGGGAGCUGAAACUCAACACCAACUGCACGGAAAAGGACGGUCUGUUGUGGAUUGGCGCAGGCUACGUCGCUGCAGAGGGCACCUUUACCUUCAAUACCUCGGACUCGGGCAACCUGCCGUCCAUCCAAGGGGGUGGCGAGUGCCCGACCGCGGCGGGCGUCAUUGGAAUCGAGGCCAACUUGACGGCGGGCUGCCCUCAUCUGAGCGAGGCGGGUGGCUCCGCCAACCCGUGCGCCGUCGCGUUGGAUGAUGCUAAUAUAAGUAGUAUAUCCGCGCAGCUACCUACGCCUACAAAAGUUGGAAUUUCUACAACCAGUAGAAUACCUUCAGCGACGCAAUCCGUAGUUACGACAAGGGCACCGAACGGCUCUCCUGCGACAGGCGGCGGGGCGACAGCUGGAGCAUAUCUUUCGAGGGAUUCUCUCUUUCUGCUAGUCGUGAUUGCUGGAGCGAUGGGAGCCGGCAUGCUUAUGCUGUAGAGAUAUGAUUUAUGAACUAAUAUGAAGCAAGGGAUGGCAUCCGGCAGAUGGAGGAAAUGGUGACUGGUGAUUUGUCUCAUCUUGUUUUCUCAUUCAUUGCGCAAGCUCUACAGACCUUGGACAGUCG